AUGGCUUCGCUGGCAAGGCUCAGAGCCCCUCUUCGUCGUCGUAUUCCCCAACUCGCGCGGGCGCUUCAAACGUCGGCGGACACGACGCAACUUCGGGACAAACCUUCCGACGCCCAGCCAUUUACCGUCAGGCUCCAUGAAGACUCAUUCCAGGGCUACAAAACGGACGUACCAAGCCUUGAGGUCGAGGUUUCAAAAGACAUGCUGAUUGGCAUGUACAAGAAGAUGACGCUCAUGCGACGGAUGGAAAUGGCUGCAGAUGCGUUGUACAAGGCUAAGCUCAUUCGUGGAUUCUGCCACUUGGCUAUUGGUCAGGAAGCUGUCUCUGUAGGCAUGCAUUCCGGAAUGACCUGGGAUGACCUGCUCAUUACAUCAUACCGUUGCCACCCUUUUGCGGUUUUGCGCGGAGGUACGGUCAAGGGUGUUAUCUCUGAACUCCUCGGUCGCCAAGAUGGUAUGUCGAACGGUAAGGGUGGGUCGAUGCACAUCUUCACGCCGCGGUUCUUCGGUGGCAACGGUAUCGUCGGCGCGCAAGUACCCCUCGGUGCUGGUAUUGCUCUUGCUCAGCAAUACUUAGACAAGAAGGUUGCGACCUUCACGAUGUACGGUGAUGGUGCUGCUAACCAGGGUCAAGUCUUUGAAUCUUUCAAUAUGGCAAAACUCUGGAACCUCCCUUGUGUUUUCGUCUGCGAAAACAACAAAUACGGAAUGGGCACAUCGGCUGAACGAGCAGCGAUGAACACCGCAUACUACACGCGUGGUGACCAGAUUCCGGGUAUUCAAGCGAACGGAAUGGAUAUUAUCUCUGUUUACCAGACGACGAAAUUUGCUCGUGACUGGGUCAAUGCUGGGAAGGGUCCACUCCUUAUCGAAUACGUUACCUACCGCUAUGGUGGACACUCGAUGUCCGACCCCGGUACAACAUACCGUACCCGUGACGAGGUCCAGCGCAUGCGUAGCACCCAGGACCCAAUUCGUGGUCUUCAACGCUACAUUGACGAAUGGGGUCUUGCGUCCGAAGAGGAGCUCAAGCAUAUCGACAAAGACUCAAAAGCAGAAGUCGACGCGGCAGUCGAAGAAGCCAAGAAGUCGCCAGAGCCUGACAUGAACGAUUUCUGGACUGACAUUUAUUAUAAGGGCACGGAGCCGCCGUUCAUGCGUGGACGUGAACGCGAGGAAGUUCAUUAUUACUAG